CUGCGCGCACCGAGGUUGUAUUUACAUCUGAUUAUGAAUUUUAUGUUAAAAUAUAUACAAUGCAGGUAAAAUGCCGCAUUGCGAUGCACGCGCGAACACACGGAUUACUUUAGUUGCAUUUAGAGUACUGCUUUAAGUUAUAAGAGUGAAAUAAUCGUAAUUUCUUUGGUUUCACUAAUGCGAUUCUUUUGAAGCCAAUAAGUCGUAAUUAAAUCUAAAAUUAGGGCUUGCAUGUAGGUCGCACGAGUUAAAUGUGCCGGAAGUAAUUGCAUUAGCAUAUAUUUAGUAAGUUAUGGCGGUGCAGAAUAAAGUUUUGUACGCUUUUCGAGGUUGGAUUGCAUUUGUUGCCUUUAUGGAUUUGGGCACUGCCGGCAGAUCUUACAUUGAGGGAAGAUCCUUUUUAAAUAAUAACAGUGAUGAGCACUUUGACGGUGACUUCACAAUAUCCCGGAUGCUUGGCAUGUAUUCUGUACUUAAAGCAUUGGCUCUGAUACAUUGUACACUCUACAUACAUUACAGACCAGUGGUGUCGAUGGGCUACUGGUCUCUCACCCUCACCAUAAUACUGUACUUCAGCGAGGCUUUCUACUUCCAUUCAACGGACCUGAACUUCUAUGUCGUCUUCCCAUGCAUACUGAACAUAAUAACACUCUUAGGUCUCAUAUAUCUUCCGGCAAAGUUGAAGCUGUUUGGUCAAAUCCCCGGCACUUCCGGCAUGGACAGGGAAGUUGAAGACGAGAAUACCCAGAUCCUACGCACCAUGGCGAACUAUAGGCGAAGAAAACCGACCCACCACAAGAACAAGCACGUGUGAUACUGUAAGUGCUGCUAGUAUUGAAAAAAAUAAAAACUAUUUUGGUGUUGUCGGAAAGAAUAUAAGGCUGUUUGCGCCUUGAAUAUACUGUGUGUGCUGGCAGUAUUCAUAAAAACAACUGUUCGCUGUUUGCGCCUCGGAUAUACUGUCAGUGUUGGCAGUAUUGAAAAAAUACUGUUUUAGUGUUUCCAGAAGAAAUAUAGGCUGCGUAGUUAGUGAAUUCCUACUUCCACAGAUGUUUUUGAUUUUUAUGUAGUUAAUGGUGUCGAUUCUAGCAUGAUUCUCUAAACCUAAACUUAAAU